ACUCUACCUACAAGACAACACAUACACUAAAUGUUUCCUAACAACAAGUAACAAUUAAUUGUACAUUUAUUUUAUUUAAGGGAACACAAACUCUAUUUUUGUAACAUGCUGUAUUAGUAGUGCUCUGUGGAAUUUGUACGAUAGUUAAAGAAAAGAAAAAAAAAAAAAAACUGGUGCGUGGCCACGCGCGAUACAACGGACGAAGACGACGACAGAAAGUAUGAAAAGAUAGGAAGGUUUCGCGAUUGUUGGAAGAGCAAGUGCGAACGUACGAAAAAGAAAAAGAAGAAGAAAGAAAAAGGGAUAUAGUGAUCGAAAGGAGGUGCUUGGACGAAGACAAGGAUUAAGAAUACAGCGAGAAAAAACGACGAGGACAACGACAAAGGGGACAAUCCCGACGAAGACGGUAGGCGAGGUGGAUAAGGACGAUCGUACCGCAACAGUGGCCGCCACUGAGGCUGAAAACGACAGCGAAGUAGGUGAUAAUCUCGCUUAGUCUCUGUUCGUUGACUCGGCUCGGUGUAGCUAGCUGAUUCUCUCGGUGUGGUGCGUGUUUUAAUAUAAUAACGAGUUACGACGUGGAGAAAAGUGUACGACUGAUAGUAGUGAAGUGUAUAAGCCGACACACCCUCUUGACACUCGACAUUCGUCUCGUAUCGCCAUCGGUUUAGCUCUCUACCCCCUUCUUUUCCUAAUCUUUCUUCUUCUUUCUCGCUCCUUCCUGCGGGUUACAUUUACGUAGUACCGCGUGUUCUGUUCGGUCACUGCAACAGAAAGCCGCACACCACGUUCCUCUUUCUCUCUCUUUUUCUUCUUUGCUCUUCCUCCCGUCUCAACCCCUCGUCUCGUUGUCUCUUACUCUGUCUCAUCUCUCUCUCUCUCUCUCUUUCUCUUUCUCUUCUUCUAGAUUGUCCUAUCGUCUUCUCUUUCUUUCCGUACAAAGUGAUUUAUCGUUACGCUUGUCGCAUCGGAUUUCGUCGGUGUUAAAACCAUACCGACCCCGGCUAUCGUGUCCCUUCGCGUCCAUAACCAUACAUACCGUACUUCGUCCUAGCUCUACCCUCUCCCGGCAACCCCCCUCAUUUUACCAAGCGUCUCACCCACACCUAUUCAAUCCGUCUCUCUCUUUCUUCCUCACUCUUUUUCUGCCUCCGCUCCACCCCGGUUUAUCGGCCGAUCGGAGUGCAAAUUCGUUCGUGACCGUGCUGUGCGAGUUUUGCAUCUAACCAGUGUCGGGAGAUACGAAAACGCGGGUGACGCCGCUCUCUUGGCAACGCCAGACCAAAAACCAUCAACGACGUACAACCACGAACAGAGAAGAGGGACAUACUUUACCCGUAGCAAUAGAACCGACGACGGCACGGUAUCGUUUCGAGCAAGCGCCACGAGCGAUAACACCGCUAACAUGUCCGUGAGAAUGGAAAACGUAGCCGCGCCAAGGAAAAUGAACUAUAAAAUGAUGGGUACAAACGGUCCGAGACCGACGUACGUGGGUGCUAACAAUGGUAACGCCGGUGGCGCCGGGGGCGGCGGCGGUGGUGGUGGAGGAGGUGGCGGAGGCGGCGGCGCCACGGGUGGCGGCGUCGGUGUGGGUCCAGCAAGCGGAGGCGGCGGCGGUGGAGGUGGAGGUGGCGGCGGCGGUGGUGGUGGAGGCGGGCACGGAUUGAAGGGGAACACCGGUGGCGGGCCACGAGGCGGGAACCCGGUGCAGUAUCGUGCGAGCGGUGGUGCGGCUUGGGGCGCAGCGCCGCCCUCUCAUGCGGCUGCGGCUGCGGCUGCGGCGGCCGCCGCUUAUCCGCCAUACACGCGGUAUCCAAGUGCGGCUGCAGCUGCGGCGGCCGGACAGAUGCCCGUCGGUGCACAGCAACUACCGCCUACGGCGAAUCCUUACGCCGCCACUUACGCACAGCACGCGUCGUAUGGUGGACAACGGGUGCCUACAGCCUCUUCUCCAGCUAACACUAAUAGUAGUUCUAGCAGUGCUACCGGCAGUCAAAGCGGGACAAUGAGCACAAGUCUUAGCAAUAAUGCUAUACAAGGACAGCAAGCAGAACAACUAUCGAAAACAAAUUUGUAUAUCCGUGGCCUCAACCAAAACACUACCGAUAAAGACCUUGUUAACAUGUGUUCUCAAUAUGGAACUAUUACUUCUACGAAGGCAAUUUUGGAUAAAAAUACGAAUAAAUGUAAAGGUUAUGGAUUUGUAGACUUUGAGUCACCAGUGGCGGCAGAGGGUGCUGUGAAAGCACUGGUCGCCAAGGGCAUCCAAGCACAGAUGGCGAAAGUGGGUAUCUGGUUGCUCCGUAGACUGCCCAGUGUACGUUGGUUGUGCAUGCAACAACAGGAGCAAGACCCCACCAAUUUGUAUAUUGCAAACCUGCCACUGAGCUUCAAAGAAAAUGAUGUUGAGGGUUUACUCGCUCAGUAUGGGCAAGUUAUUUCAACGCGUAUAUUACGCGAUACUGCUGGACAAAGUAAAGGUGUUGGAUUUGCAAGAAUGGAGUCCAAAGAAAAAUGUGAACAAAUAAUUCAAAUGUUUAAUGGAAAGGCACUACAAGGGGCUAAAGACCCUCUUUUGGUGAAAUUUGCUGAUGGUGGUAAUAAGAAAAAAUCAUUAUACAAAAGUACAAUAUGGAGAGAAACUGGAGAGAACAUGACUUUGAAUUAUGAUACAAGCGGUGUUGGUCAAAAUGGGGUUGCAACUACUCACAUGCUACCCGCAGCCACUUUAACACAAUACGGUCGUCAUUACGGCCAAGCUUUGCCUGGUUACAGCGUACCAGGAGCACCUUGGGUUACUCCUUAUUUGGUGCAAACUGCCCCUCCACACAUGCAACAGGUCGACAUGAUGCCAUCAGCUGAUCCUAGCAACCCACAGUACAGUAUGAUUCCUCAGCUUACUACACAAAUGUCUACACUGCAUCUUGGCACUGGUUCCGAUAUAUUGUUAUGCGGUGGGCGACCAAUCUGAAUAUGAAAAAGAGUUUCAUACAUCAGAGAGAAAGAAAACUGAAGAUGAGAGUGUGGGAGAGAAUGAGAGACAGAGUGAAAAUGAUGUCGAGGCAUUAAGUUAGUUCGAAAAAUCGUACGAGAAUUAACGAUUCGAGGGAGGAAAAAAAGAAAAAAAAAAAAAUGAACGCAUAGGUUCGAAAAUUACAUUAAGAUGGCGAGGCAUAGCACGUAAUGAAAAUUUUUCUAGAUUAAGGCAAGUGUGUCAUAGCUAGUUAAGAAAUAGGGACUCUUAGAAGUCGAUAGGUGCUGUAAUAAACAAAACAAACAAAAAAAAAAGGGAAAAAACCAACAAAGUUUAACAACGGUCAGAAUUAGAUUUUUCAUGAAAAGAAAAAAUAAAAAUCUCGAAAUAAGAACACAGGGCAUACGCCACUAAAAGUGCCCUUAGUUUAUUUUGGAUCGUUUAAAAACGCUAGUCUUUGUGUGAGAUAAUGUGGGGGUUAGAUAGGGUCUUCUAAAGAAACAAACAAAAAAAAAGAGAAAAAGUGAGAAAAGAAAAGAAAAAGAAAAACGAAGAAACAGCAAAACGAAUAAAAAAAAAAAGAAGAACAAGAAUGUGAGAGAAAGUGAAAAUAAAUAUGUGUGAGAGAGAGAGAAAGUGCGAGCCGAGCAUGUGGUGUGUAGGUGUAUGCAUAAUUUAAAUAAUGCGUACUUUAAAAGAAAGAAAAAAAAACCAUCUGCCUAUAACAUGACACAGACUGCAGAAGACACACUGUUACUGUAAACUGCACACUGCGUGUGCACGCUCUGAUACGUCACUCUUCUACACUUUGUAUGGGGGAGCGUGCACCGAACAGUUUUUAGAGUUACUUACAAGUAUGGUUUGGUAUAUUCAAAGUGAAAGAAUCAAAUUCUUAAUUAUUAUCGUCCCUUAUUUUUGAUCAAUAAACGAUCUGUUUUGGGGAUUUA